GCUUCAUAACGGGCAUUUCAAGGCUGGGAUUUAUUCUCCCAUGGUGGCCCAAUGCGACGCUCUCUUCCGCCACAUACCCUUGACAACUGGGUUUGUCCCUGACAACUGGCGGCAUCUGAUGAAUUUUGCCAUUGAAAAGAAGCCGGGCGACUUUCGGUUGACAAAAAUGCGUACGAUUCAGCUCAUGAAUUCUGAAUCCCAAGCGAACUACAAGAAACUGGGCCGCCUGGCCAUGGCCUACGGUGAAGAACAUCACCUUUGGCCGAUGGACAGUGCGGGUCUAGAAAACACCAUCAAGCGAUCGAUCUUGCCCUGUCUAAACGCCUUGUGUGGGACCUUCUGA